CUCCUCCUCUGUCGGUCGCUGCUGCCAGCGCCUCGCCAGCAUGUCGGACAGGCUGCCGUACAAAGUGGCUGACAUCAGCCUUGCAGACUGGGGUCGCAAGGCCAUUGAGAUUGCGGAGAAUGAGAUGCCAGGGUUGAUGAAGAUGCGGGAGAUGUAUGCUGCAUCAAAGCCACUGAAAGGUGCACGCGUUGCUGGUUGUCUUCACAUGACUGUGCAGACAGCAGUUCUCAUAGAGACCCUUAUAGCGCUGGGAGCUGAGGUACAAUGGUCAAGCUGCAACAUUUUCUCAACUCAGGACCAUGCUGCAGCUGCUAUUGCAAAAGCUGGUAUUCCUGUGUUUGCCUGGAAAGGGGAGACGGAUGAGGAAUACUUGUGGUGCAUCGAGCAGACCCUGUACUUCAAGGAUGGGCAGCCCCUCAACAUGAUUUUGGAUGAUGGUGGAGAUCUUACCAACUUGGUUCAUACCAAAUACCCACAGCUCUUGAAAGGAAUUAGAGGUAUUUCAGAAGAGACAACCACCGGAGUUCACAACCUGUACAAGAUGAAGGCCAAUGGGACCCUUAAAGUGCCAGCUAUCAACGUUAAUGACUCUGUCACCAAGAGCAAGUUUGAUAACCUAUAUGGUUGCAGAGAGUCCCUCAUUGAUGGCAUCAAACGUGCUACAGAUGUCAUGAUCGCUGGAAAAGUAGCAGUCGUGGCAGGUUACGGUGAUGUGGGCAAAGGCUGUGCUCAGGCCCUGCGGAGCUUUGGAGCCAGAGUCAUCAUCACUGAAAUCGAUCCCAUCAACGCACUGCAGGCAGCCAUGGAAGGUUAUGAAGUUACAACCAUGGAGGAGGCCUGCAAAGAAGGCAAUAUCUUUGUUACCACCACUGGCUGCACUGACAUUGUUCAGGGCAGGCACUUUGAGCAGAUGAAGGAUGAUGCCAUAGUGUGUAAUAUUGGCCAUUUUGAUGUGGAAGUUGAUGCAAAGUGGCUGAAUGAAAAUGCAGUAGAGGCGGUGAAUGUUAAACCUCAGGUGGAUCGCUAUACACUGAGGAAUGGCCGUCACAUUAUAUUGCUAGCAGAGGGCCGACUGGUCAACUUGGGCUGUGCCAUGGGUCACCCUAGCUUUGUUAUGAGCAACUCCUUCACCAACCAGGUGCUGGCACAGAUCGAGCUGUGGACCAAUAGUGACAAAUACUCUGUCGGAGUCCAUUUCCUGCCAAAGAAGCUGGAUGAAGCUGUGGCUGCUGCUCAUCUGGAUAAACUGUGUGUGAAGCUGACGAAGCUGAGUGACAAGCAGGCCAAAUACCUUGGCUUAUCAAGAGAUGGGCCAUUCAAGCCAGACCACUACAGAUACUGAGCAGGUGGCACUACCCAAAGACCAAAGUGCAGAGAUACAACCUUCCAAAGCUCUUGUGUGUGCUGGGCUUCUGAGAACAAGCCCUUUGCCGUACUCCUCUCAAUGCUACAGAACCCUUCCCCUUAACCAAGGGAGCUCCAAAGCCUUGUUUGUUAGUGAAAGGAUCCUCUGACUCUUGGAAUUAGAAUUGGUUACUUGGCUAAUGUCA